AUGAAAAAACAUUUAAUUAUUGCCUUAAUUUUAGGUUCCAUAUUUCAUAUAGUUGUUGAUUUAGAUUUCAUAAAAUAAGUUCAAAAAGUUGAAAACUAUUCUGGAUGUGAAUAUCUUAAUUUAGAUAUUCCAGGAGCAGAAGAUAUAAUCUAAUAUGAAAAUCAUCUUAUUUUUGCAUCAGGAGAUUUAGCUGAAAUUAUAGCUAAGGGUACUCCACAACUAAAGUAAGCAUCAUUUUACAUUAUAAAAAAUGCAAAUCAAGAAUCAAAACCAAUAGAAAUGAAAAUUAAUGGAUUUCCAUCAAAUAUUGCCUUUUAUCCUCAUGGACUACAUUUAUGGAAAUAGAAUUCUGAUAAUUAUAUUUUCGCAGUUAAUCAUGCCUAUAUUUAUGGAGGAGAGAGAGUAGAGAUAUUCCGAAUAGUUGAUGAUCUACAUUUAGAAUAUGAACAUUCAAUUAUUAUGGAAUAAUAAUACACAGGAACUCUAAAAGACUUAAUAGUAGUAUCUAAUGAUCGAUUCUUCAUUACAAAAUUAAUGCCAUAUACAGAUCCUAUUGAAGGGUAAUUAAUCAAUAUUAUUAAAACUUAGUCGUUCUAAAUGGGGAAUAGGAAUGAAUAUCAAAAAUUUUGGGGUUUUAGCAUUAAAAUUCUAAAAAACAAACAUAUUAGAUUGUUCAUUUGAUAUGAAAUCUAUUUAAAUAAUCCCAAAUUGUCAUCCUGUAUCUACUUAAUUAUUUAGUUGGGCAGGAGGUAUUACAUGGGAUUAAGAUAAAACUGUUUGGGUUGGUGAUAAUUUAAGAAAAACUAUUUAUUAAUUUAAAAUAUUAGAAGAAGGAUUAGUAAAAGAAAAUUCAAUAAAAUUACCACAUUAAAUUGAUAAUAUUAAUUACGAUAAAAUUAAUUAAAAAUUGAUUAUUGCAAUGAAUCCUAAAGCUUAUUAAACUAUUCUAUUGCAUUAACACUUAAAAAGCAAUGAUUUAAGUAGAGAAUCUACUUAUACCACAUGGAGUAGUGUUGGUGAAUAUUCAUUAACAACAAAUUAAACCAAAAUAAUUUAUUAAUCAAAUUAAUAUAUUAGAGGAAUUUCAAAUGCCUUAAUAAUGCAAGGUAAAUUAUAUUUGAGUAGUUGGGCAGAUAUUGCUCCGAUGGUCUGUUAUAAAUAUGAAUGAUUUAUUUAUUAUAAUUGAUAAG